AUGGAGGAAGAGCCAACCACAGAAAUGCCCCAGGAGGCUUUCCAGAGCCCUGGCACCAUGAGCAGCUUCGGGGAUGAGCUGACUCCAGAAGCCCUGAGUGUACCUAGUGGUUUUGAUGACUUGAUCACAUCCACUACUUCCCUGCUACUUCAGGCUGUGUCCAAUGUCGCAUCUGCGGUGGGGCGUGCUGGUGGACUGUCCAAGACCCCAGACAACAUGAUGGGAGACCUGGCCGACACAUCAGGUCCCCUAGAUUUGGAAAUUGUAUCCGAGGAUGAUCACAUGCAGUUCUGGCUAGUGGUAGGGUACACCGUAGUGGUCUUUGCCUCCAUCAUAGGCAACUUGGUCUUAAACCAUAUAAUUAUGAAGUACAACAAUGCCCAUACUGCCACCGGCCUCCUCGUUGUCAACAUUGCUGUGACCAACAUCAUGCUCGCUCUUCUCAGCUCUCCCUUCACCAUGGUGCGCUAUAUGUCUCAUUCCCUGGUGUUUGGAAAGAUGACCUGUCACCUCAGUCGCUUUGCCCAAUACUCAUGUGCCUAUGUAACUGUGAUGAGUAUGGCAGCUAUUUCCCUGGAUCGAUAUCGGGUGAUGCUACAUCCUUUGAAGCCCCAGAUUACUCCCAUGCAAGGCAAUGUUUGCAUCAUUGUCAUCUGGAUUGUGAGCACCUGUGCUGCACUGCCACAUGCUGUUUACCAGAAGCUUUACCAGGUGGAAAUUGGAAACACAACUGAUGAAAGUGCCUGCCUCCCCAGUUUCCCAUAUACUUCAAAAUCCACAUGGAUCUACGUUGACCUAGGCACCUUUCUGGUCUUCUUUAUGUUGCCUUUGGGGGUCUUGGUGGGUGUCUAUGCUCGUGCGGCCAAAAAGCUGUGGUUCUAUGAUGCUGUUGAUGACAUCAAUUUCCACACUUACAUCUGUCAGCGUGGGAAGAAGAAGCAGACCCUAAAGAUGCUGAUGUUGGUGGUGUUUCUCUAUGCAAUCAGUUGGCUCCCCCUCAAUGUGUACCUGGUGCUGCUGUCCAGUGAAGCCAUCUCGAGCCACAAUGGUCUCUAUUUUUUCCUCCACUGGCUAGCAAUUAGCAGCUCCUGCUACAACCCCUACAUCUAUUGCUGGCUCAGUGAUAGCUUUCGUAUUGAAGUGCAGAAGGUCAUCAAGGAAAUCCAUAAGAAGCUGCUAGAUAAAAUCAGCCGCCUUAGGGGAGAGCAUCGCCGACUGAGCUCUGCAUCUCAUACCCAUGUCCUUGCCUCUGAAGAUCCCAAUCCAGGAGUGCCCAGAUUCCCACGAUUCAAAGAUUUUGAUGAGCUGCCCAGUCCCCCUCCUUCCCCAGCAGUGGAAAUCUCCUUUAUCCACGCAGUGCCUCGAGUUUAA